AUGGUAGAUAUUGCUGGAGGGGUCGGAAUUGGUACAGACGUUGGGAUUGCUGGAGUCGUGAGAAUCGGACCAGAUGGAACUGAAAAGCUAGGGAGAGGACUGGUCGGUGCUGGCAGGCUGAAUGAAACGGGGAUAGGGCGCGAGAACGGUGGGAAUAGGAUGCUACCUGUUGGCCUUACAAAAGAGAAAGUGAAGCCACUGGGAAGCGAAAAAGAGGGGAACGAAAAGCUGCCAGUUGGUCUUGGAAAACCUCCACUGGGGAUAGAGAAGGGGCCUGUAGGUCGAGGAACUCCAGAUGGCCAAACAAAUGAUCCAGUGGGGCGAGGGAAGCCAGUAAAUCCUGAUGGAAGGGAGAAACUAAAGCCUCCAGUAGGCCGAGGGCCAGUUGGACGAGGAAAGCUGAAGCUGCCCGUAGGAAGCGGGGGGCUGAAGCUGCUACCGGGUAUGGCGAGACUAAUGCUGCUUGGAAGGGCGAGACUAAGGCUCGUGGCUGGAAUAGGGAAAUCCAAUGUUUCGAGACCGGAGAGAGAAAUCCUCGGUGUGCUUGAGACAGUUAUGCCCGGGAAAGUCGUGGCGAGCGAGGGAGUCAAUACGCUGCCGUUGGCGAAUGUAGAAGGCGGGAAAGGAAGGAUCGGAAUAGUCGUUGGGAGUGUGAAGCUUGGUAGCGUGGCACUUGAUGAGAUAACUGGCAGUAAGAUGUCAGAGUUCGUUCGAGGCAAUCGACGACCAGAGAAGGCGAUGCAGAAGGCGAUUGUGCUACGAAUGAGUCUCAUAAUGUUCGCAAUCGAGAUGUCACAAGCUCUAAAUGGAGAACCGUUAAUCUCAGUCAGAAUCGAGAUUCAGGUAUUAAGGUUUGAAAAGAGGAUCAGCGAGCUUCUGACUAGGAAGCGCCUUCUAUAUGAUGGGUUGCAUUGCAGUACCUCAACGAAGAAUCCGGUUUCUGCUGAGGUAAAUAGAAGGGGGGAUCGGGGUAACAGAGUCACUAAACCCACCGGAACUGACAUCACGCAUAACCCACCGGUUGGGAUUCCUAGAGCCCUUGAUCCUUGUGCUGAACUGCAUGCGGCAAUAAAUGAUGCAGGAAGUCGGGAGGGAAAUCUGAGAAUCCGCCAUCAGAAUGUGAUCAAGUUUGGAUCGGGACUGGAUAUGGGGAAAAUAUCUGCGGCAGUGCAAAGUAACGAAGACAAGACAAGGGCGAUGCCAACGCCACUUGAGGCGCUCAACUGGUACAUAUUUUCUUUAACCGACCAAUGA